GAAGCAUGCGUUGCAGCAUAGACUUUUAAAAUUUUAUAACAAGUUCGCUACUAAAUUAUAAUUUUUUGUUCAUCAUGUCCGAGAAUGAAGGAAGCCUUACUAGAAGAAUUGCAUUUGUCAAUCCAAAUGAUUUGGACUUAACCGAUUGCUGCCGAAUCUGCAAAUGUAGAGCAACUGUGGAAAAUGGAAUCAAAUUGCGUCCACUUUUUAAUGGCCGUCGUUUAACACGCAUUAUAGCCAAUACGAUACAUAUCGAGAUUAAAGAUGUUCACGGCUUGCCACGUUUUCUGUGCGAGAAGUGUUUGAACAUUUUGAAAACCUUUUCCAUUUUUCAAGUGGAUUUCCGACGUUCCGAAGAGGAAUUUAAGAUGGCAAUCGAGGCACGCAGGACUUAUCAGAUGGACACCCUAAUGGAAUUUUCCACUGCCAUCGAAAUGGAAAAGCAAAGGGAGAACGAUCAGAAAAACGCGGCACUCGUUACAAAUUUCCUAAAAAAGGCGAAGAAGACUAGCAAAGCGAAAUCGAAACUUCAAAAUUGAAUAUUGAGCAACUAGU